UUUUCGAACGAAUUUAAAUAUGAAACCACCAAUUACAAGCGAAGAGUCGUUUUUAAAAUUUACGUUUGAUAACGUUCUGUUCUUUUUAAGAAAUUCUAUAAUUUUGUUUUAUAUUUUUAGUUUUGACGGUGAAAAUGGAAAGUAUACGAGAAAGAAUAGAGUGUUUGAUAAGAAAGUCUCAUCUAGAAAAAAUGAAAGAGCUAUUAUCGUCCACUUCAGAUGAUGUAGUCGAAGAUAAAAAGAUCGACUUUGACACUUUCAAAGUUCUGAUAGAAAGUGUCAUUUCAAAACCAAUUACGGAAGAUGAAAUAAGAAGUCUUUUCGAUAAAGUGGACAUAUAUUGCAAACAAGAAAUAACUUGGAGACAAUUUAUAGCUUAUAUUAUGAAAGACUCCUUCAACAAAGAUAUGAUUCAGUCUUUUGGACUUCAUCGGCCCUUCAAGGAAGAUACUAAAACGAUAAAAACUACUGAAGGAGACGAAUUGGAAUUCGUAGGCGACUACAGAACCAUGAAACUUCCCAGAAAUGAUAGUAUUAAACAGAUUAUAUACUAUGAAAAUCAUAUUCAAGGGAAAUCUUGCCUAUCUGAAAAUGGUCAAUACAUAGUUGUAUCCGAAAAAGGUAUUUUAGAUUUUCUAUCUGCUGAGUUACGUCGGAUCAAUCGACUGGAUGCUCUUGGUCAGAUAUAUUAUUCUGUUUGUGUUAAUGCCAUGAUUUUCAUGAUGAACGCAAAAAUGUUAGUCAUUUCGACUAAUUUGAGAGAUAUCCGUUUCUACGUCUGCCAUCCGUUUUUCUUCACGAAAAAAUAUGAAAUAAUAGGCUUUUACUAUGAUAUUAUUUGUAUGGAUUACGCCAUCGAUCCGGAAGAUUUUAAACACGGAUAUCUAUCCAUAGGAAACGAUCACGGAGAUGUUGGUUAUUUUAACUUUACGGAAUGUGAAAUUGGCUCUCCUUUUGGAGUGAAUACUCUCUAUGGUCUCUCGUCUGUCAUUCAUGUAAAAGAAAUAAUAAACGGAAAAAUAACAAGCAUAAAAUUAAAUUGGUUCGAAUUCAGUUAUGAUGAUUGGGUAGGACAGGUGAAAUAUGUUGAACGUAUUAAUUCUAUCAUAUCAUGUGCUGCUAGUAGCAAUGUAUCUCUUUGCAUUCAUCCCAUAACCAAAAAUGUUCAUCACAGAUUUAAAGUCAGGAGAGGAAUUUUAUGUUUUGACUAUUGUUAUAUUCAAAAUUUGAUCAUAACUGGGGGAAUGGAUUACUCAGUUCGAAUAUGGAACCCCUACGUUACAAAUAAAGCCUCUGCUAUACUUUUAGGCCAUGCAUCUCCAGUUGUGAAAGUGUUCAUGGAUAGUAAAAGACAUCUUGCUUUCAGCAUUAGUAUGUGCAAAUAUAUUUUUGUUUGGGAUAUAGAAAGACAAGAAGCAGUACUGAAGAUAGAUGGAAAUUUCAUGACUCUCGACAAAACUCCUUUAAACUUGAAUACCGGGCGAUUCAGACUGACUUCAGCCUUUUAUAAUCCAAAUUCUACUACUAUCAUUAUUGGUAGCAAUAAUUUGGAGAUUUUUAAACCUCGACAUACACAAUAUCAUAAAGAGAUAAAAAGUCAUCCAAGUAGAAUUUUAGAUGUACUCUUCAGUGACAAAUACGAAUACAUUAUCAGUGGUUGCGAUAAAUAUAUAAAAAUUUGGAACUUAAAAAAUGGUGCUAAAAUAUUACAAUUUGAACCAGUUACAAAGAAAAUGAUUAAAGAUGGCGAUGUUAUUACAGCAAUUACAUUAGAUGGAAGCAAGAAAAGGUUGAUAACUGGUACCAGUUUCGGUUGUAUCAAGACAUGGAAUUUCUGCAAUGGAGAAUUAUUAGUAGAAUUAAGUAUUAAAGACCGAAAGGAAAUAACUAAAAUUGUCGUCUCUGAUAAUAAGAUAUUCGUAGUAGGCAAAGAUAAACGAGUUACAGUGUUUCAUGAUAGUGAAUACGAAUCUAAGAGAAGAAUAUGGCAAAUUGUUCAUAAAGAAGACAUCUCCGGCUUAGUAGUUAAUAAAAGGAAUAUCGUGGCGACUAGCUCUUACGAUGGUGAAAUCGUAUUAUGGAGUAUAGAAAUAGGUUAUACGAAGCAUAUACUUCACGAUGAUAGAAAGUUGGAUGAUGUAGAAAGAUUAACUGAACAAGAACUAAGGAUGAUUAAGAGAAAUCGACCUACUUUUUCGGAAGUGCCUAAAACUCUUAACAUACCAAAGAAGCCUUAUGCUUCUAUAGAUAAUAUAUUAUUUCUACAAACACGUCUACCAGCUUCGGGAAUUGUUAAUCUUUUAGCCACUGGAAAAGAUGGAUAUAUAAGAGGAUGGGCAAUUGAUGCGGAAUGCACACUUCUCGUGAGAUUCUUUGGAGCAGUAUUAAGAAAGGAUGCUAUUACAUGCAUGAAAACUAACAGUGAGAAUACAUAUUUACUGACAGGUGAUACUAGUGGUUACAUCUCAGUAUGGUAUUUAGCCAAUUUUUACAAUGGUUUGAACACUGGAAAUUUAGAAAAAGAGUUAACAUCCUUCACAUAUACCAGAAUUCUUCCCGGUUUCCUUAUAUGUAAGAAGAAAGUUUUAUUCAGAGGUCAUACAGUUACCGUUAACUGUAUAGAAUUCGUAGAAAAUUAUAAAUAUAUCAUCACUGGAAGUACCGAUUGCUGUGUUCGACUAUGGACCCUCAACGGAAGGUUUCUAGGAACAUUUGGAGACAAACAUCCAUGGAAUUUGGAUCGCUCUUACCUUGCAACUUCUCGCUAUGUCAUUCCUGAAGAAAUCAAAAGAUGUGGAACACCUAUGACGCUAAGAGUUUUAAAUGGUGGAAUGUCAAGACUCUGGAAGGCCACGCUAAAUGUCAUUAGCUUUCUGUGGAUGUUAUUAGGGAAGCAGAAGAGAGCUGUAGCUGCUGGUAAAAUUAUCAAAGAAAUUGAAGUUGACAAAAAGAAAAUAUAUGAAGAUGAUUUCUUUGAUUUCAAAUUACCGAAACAUAUUUUGGGAAAAUAUUAUCAACCCAAACAGGAAUAUAUUCCACUACCAAAGAUUAAUCUUAUUUCAAAUGAGAAAGAGGUGUUUCCCUUCAUGAGUCUUCCAACAUAUGAACUGGAAACUAUAAAUCCUCCUCAGAGAAACUUCGAUAAACCGGCGAUAUUUACGACACUCCCCGGCUUGAAAAAAUGGAAAAAAUCAGCUUUUGAAACGAGUAAAGAAAAACAUAAAUUAAAAAAGAAAAGCUAAAUUCCGCUAUAUUUUCGAAAUUCUUACUAAGAAUAAUAAAUUUUCAGCUAUUUAU